AUGCCUCAUGGUUACCCGUACGCCAUGCAGCUCGGCUGUAGAGGCGCCUCUGUGGGUGCACGACAGGCACUCAGAACGCAGAGGAAGAAACAACAGGCAGGGGCCAUAAACGAAUACAGGGAAAAGCUUCAGGCCCUGUCAAAACAUGAGAAGGUCGUGCGGAUUGACCUAAACGGAAAGGAGAAGAAAACGUGCAAGUACUUUUUCGAGAAGGACAAAUAUGUGUAUGUGAAGAGCAAGGAGCAAAUUGAGCGUUUCGAGAGGGGGGCAGGGCGGCCCAUUGGCUGGGCGUCGGUCUCGCCAGGCAUGUCAGCCACGUCGACAACGUUAGUGACGUCAACCACUUCAACCACGUCAACCACAUCAGGGGCAAUACCUGUCAUAAGCUCCGCUAACAAUGCCAACGCCACAAUGACGGGCACCACCGUGAAGGAGCGAAAGUGGCGCAAAUCGGAGAAGGCCCUGAGAGACACGUACGAUCUGUCCCAGGAGGAACUGCUCUACAUGAAGUUUGUCCAAAAAAUAAAAAUGAAAAACAUCUACUCGUUACUGAACAAUAUAAGAAAAAAUAAAUACAUGAACAAGAAGCAGAGAGAUACCAUCCUGAGCUGCAUCUACAAGUACAUAAGUCACAACUGUUACCUCAUGUCAAAGAAGGACUUUUUCUUCUUCCUUUACAUUUUCCCCCAGCAAUUAAAAUACGCCUCCAGAGCAGUGCACUACUUGAAAAACCUCCUCGACAAGGACCAAGUGACUCUCACAGAAUGCCUCAGACUGAUAUGCGAAACGAACCUUUACCAUGUGAACUGCCUGGUUAGAGGUCACUACGUUCGCUUUCUAAUUCGACAUGCAGACAAAAUAAACUUACCACAGAUACUGAACCUUCUAUCUGAAGGGUCCUACCUCUUCGCCAUCACCCCUGACUUCAAAGCAACGGAGGAACUCCUAGACCAUGUCCUUAAGAAGAAGCUGCUUCAAGUUGUAAAGGAGAUAAAAAGGGUUCCCCUCGAUGGAGACCUAAAAUGGGACUACCUACAUUACAUGGAAUGGUGUGCGCGUCGGGAGAAUGUCUACUUACACGUUCUCUUUAACGAUUUGUCUGUCCAACUGCAUAGGAGAAUAUUCAUCGAAAAUGUGGACACCCUAAAGAGGAACCAGGAUUAUGAAUACGUAGGGAAAGUCCUCACCCUGGGGAGAUACAACCCCUGCAUAAACCACUUAAAUAACAUAUUCCUGAGCAGAGAUGAGGAUUCCUUCCAUACGAGGGGGAAGACCACCAAGGUGAAGGUCUUCCCGUCGUACAUUACGCAGCAGGGAAUGAACAGGACGAAUGGGAACGGCAUAUCAGCACAAAUAAGAGAAGAAGCUGCAUGUGACACGCAACAGAAAAACCAGCCAAGCAAUAACACUUUCCUUCCAUGUGAUGAUCCAGCGAAGACAAACCAGCUUUCCCCCAAACCAACGCAAGAAAGUAACACGUUAAGAAAAAUGAAGUUAGCCUUCUCCUUCUCUACCCCAUUCGAAAAGUUAAAAAGUGAACGAUACGACCAGUUAAAGCAGACGUAUCAAAUUAGCACAAAAAUUACUGACAAAAAUGUGAAGGUGUUGUUGCGCUUUUUUCGGAUGUUACAUCAGCAUAAUAGUUCAUCCCAUUUGGAAAACAUUUUCUGUAGAGAUAAUCUGCCACAAAUUGUUUCUGACCUGCGGAGGGAGGGGGGAAAUCCACCCGUCGGUAGUGGACGUAUUGGUAAGACUCACUACGGAGAGAACUCCCCUCUUUGGAGACUCACCCGCUGGUGGAACGACCAAGUGAUUAGUUCGCCCAGCAAACAGGUACCAUCCUUUUACAACCUAUUCGAGCAUACCCAGGGGAAGCCCCUUCUCCCAUGUAAAAUUCCCCAAUCGGAGGAGAUGACCCUAUUACCAGACCAACAAACCAAACGGGUGAAGAAAACGCACCGCCAGGAAGAGAGCCCCUCCAACGGUUAUCACUUAUCCAAGUCAAUCCCAGAUGAGAAUCUUCCCCCCAUCGUUCAAGCAGAGGACACCAUCUCCCGCAUCGUGCACAACGUCUACUUCAACACGCAGUGCAAGAAAAAAUAUUUCCAAAAAUCCCAGUUAAACUGUCUCGCCAAAUCUCUCCUUUAUAUGAGCAAUUCAUUUGUCCAAUAUGCUGAGAGGGGUGACUGCUAUGAAGAGGAAGUAAACCCACAUCGGAAGAAGAACAACCUCCUUCUCACCCAAGUGGAAAAAACUUUUUACGAAAUUUUCACCUACGUGAUGAAAAAUGUGUACCUCAUAAACCUAUCCAACUGGUUCCACAUCUUCGUUGCGAUUGGGAAAUUCGGUGGAGCAGCAAAGGGGGGAGAACUUCCCUUAAAAAUGCUGAAACGAAGGGAAGAAAAUGCAUUCCCCACUGACCGAAUGCGGAACCUCCUCCAGAUUGUGCACACCGUCAGGGCAUACCGUUACGAGGAAGUGCACACCAUCGUGGAGGAAGAAGACAGCCGACGUUGCCUCCAAAUUGGGGAGUCCCCCUUUCGAGGGGAUAACCUCCCAUGCGGGGAUCCCCCCAACUAUGGCGCUCUCCACAGAAUCAUACUGAGCAAGUUUAGCCUAAACGAUGAUCCAGCUAACUAUGCAGACAAGCAACCACCACUUGUAUCGCAAAGAACGCAUAACUUGGGAAAGACUACCAAGACACCACCCCCCACGGUGAAGUACACUUACCAAAUGGACAGAACACCUUGCAUGAUAACUCUGCAGCGUGGUGCCUACUUCCUCCUAACCAUGCUAUCCAACUACCUUGACGGUGCGCCCUUCCAGACGAAGCGUUUCCUAAUCAUCCUUUACCAUCUGAACAGGUCCAUUUUGAAGGAGGUAGCAAUCCAGGUUCAUCUCGAGACGAGGUUACACAGAAACCAUGAGAAAUUUCGCAACAGGUACUUCUAUAUGCACACCGGAUGCGGGGGGAAGAAGCCAAUAUUGGAAAAGUCCCUCGUUGCGAAAGUGCGGGCCUCCUACUUGGCGCUGAAAAGGGGUCACUCACCCGGUUUAACCGGUUGGCGUGGCUGCCCUAUUCACCCCAACGGGGAUAACCACACGCAUGACGUGUAUGCCCAGAUGGAGAAUCUACUCAGAAAGAAAAAACACCUAUUUACCCUAGACGACAUGAUCACCUUCAUCGUUACCUACAGCCUGAACGGCCUCUACCAUUCGACCAUUUACCUCCCCAUUUCCAAGUGGCUCUUCCAACACAACUUAGCCUCUCUCCCCGAUGAGGUGAAAAUAUUUUUAUUCCUCCUCUUCGGCCAGUGCAGACAUGUGCACAAGCCGCUCUACUUGUACCUCCUCCGUCUGGUGUCACAAAUGGAAAAGGUUAAUGAAGAGAGUGGCCUCCCCCUUCUGUGCGCCCUCAUCCACAUGGUAAUAAAACACGAUAACCACACGAAAAAGGUAAAGUUAAGACACGUCCGCUAUGUGGAGAGAAAAUUUGGAAAAAUUCACUGGCCGUAUUUUUUCCCUGUCGAGUUGUUUCUUUGGAAAAGUGCACACAAGAUUGCCACCAGGAGGAUACAUACCAUGGAGGAGAGUGACCGGUCGAACGGUCAAUUACGAAAUGACACGAGAAAAACAACCACCACAUGUGAGAGAAUAAAUUCGAGAGAACUCACUCUUAACGUGGAAUUUAAUCUGUCGAAGUUUCAGGAUUACUUGAAGGAGAGGUUUCCACAAAUAAUCCAGCAGUUGGAAAAACGUUCAGUUGGGGGAGAGGGUCGACGGAUAAUAAGUACCGUCCAUGGGGGGAUGUCCCCCCAACCCCCUGAUGGGAUCCACCUCCUGGACGAGAACACUCACCAGGAAGUGCUUCAGAAUUGCAAAAAUCUCCUUUCAUACCAUUUCGUGCAGAGAAAUUUUUUGCUAAGCAGGAGAUCGCUUUAUUAUAACAUACUAGUGCAUCUUAAAAGGUGGGAAAAGGGAUAA